AAAAGAAAAAAAGUCGCACGUCAUCCUCACCCAAAUCAGAAAUAACCAAAAAAAAAAAAAAAAAACCGAAAAACUUGUUCAUGAAAAUGCGUGCUUGUCCGUCUCAGAUCAUAUCCGAAGCGUUAAUUGUUCUCUCUCUAGAAGGCGCAGUUAAUUCGUCAGCCAACGCCCAUCUGCUCACCCACCGGCUAAACUAAAAUCGUACCAAUUAGUUUUCCUUUAUCGGGAAACCACAGUAAAUAAUUAUUUAAUAUAAAGUAGGUUAAUUCAGAAGCUUAUUUGGGCAUGGUCUCGUUGCUUCAGUAGUAUUUUGCAGACGUUGUUAGAGAGAGAGAGAGAAUGGCCGGCGGUCAGAUGAAGGCGAAGACGUUGAUGGAGCUGAUGAAGCAGCACUUCGAGACCGAUGAGGGAAAAGAGCUCUGUAAGAAGGUUGGUCUAGUCUACCAGAUCAAUAUCGCUCCCAAGAAAAUUGGAUUCGACGAAGUGAGUUACACUGUUGAUCUCAAGAAAGGCGUGGUCACCGAAGGAACAUCUGAAGGAGUAAAGCCUGAUGCCACCUUUUCCUUCAAGGAUGAUGAUUUUGUCAAAAUUGCAACGGGGAAGAUGAAUCCCCAGAUUGCUUUCAUGAGGGGUAUAUUAAAGGUCAAGGGCAGUCUGAGUGCCGCACAGAAAUUUACACCAGACAUUUUCCCUAAGAUGCCAGUUUCAAAGCUGUAAGCAGAUCCAUUGGGGAACCAUUUGCAAUUGCUUUCUCUAUAUUUGCUUUUGCAAGAGUUAAUUGAACUGAAAAUGGAGCUUUGUAUUGGAAAAGCGGUCAAAAUUUGUCCGUCUUAAUCUGUCUUUCAUAUAAUUAAGCACCAUACACUGUUAGUAUGGUGCUAUUUUACAGAACCCUUGAUGCAAGACCUUAAAUAUAUAGUUGGUGGUUCUUUUUUUAUGGUUUACUAGUUUACUUGGGUC